AUGUGGGCUUUGGUACGAGCGCGACCGGCGCCCAUUCGGGGCUGUCUCCGCUUGCAGCGCUCUCUGCAUCUGUCAUCUAUUUGCUUUAAUCGUGGUGCGCCCGAAAACCUCGUGGAUCGCUUGGCUACGGGUGGUGAUUCGCGUGCGGAUGUGGAAGCCAAGCGACAGGCACAGAUGGCCAAGUAUGGCGAGAAGUUGAAGGCGAAGGUGAAAGAACAUGGACUGGAGAAUAUCGAUGAGCUGGCAUCGAAAAUUCGUGAAGCAGAGUCUAAGGAGAAGGAGGCUCGUCGCAAAGCCACCCAGGACAAAGUUUCUGCUAUUGAGAAACGCGACGAGGAGCUGCGUCGGCGCUUGAAUGAGAAGCGAAAGAAGGAGGAGGCGAAAAAGCUCAAGGCAGAGGAGGAAGGAAAAGCAAGUCCUGUGAAACCAUUGUCAUCCUUUAUGAACAUGGACAAGAUGUUGCAAGAGUCGCCUGAAUCCAUUGGCAAGCUCUGGACGGGCUACCAUAUGAUGCGAAACAAGAUCUCUGCAGUGAUUCCUGCUCGCACCUACCUCCAAAUGAUUGAGACGGCUAAGAAAUUUCCCCAGUUUGUGCUCCCUUUGCCGCGCACAACUACCAAUGAGGAGGGCGUUGAAGAGGUCGGUUACGAAAUUCAGUAUAUGCAGUGGAUGUUUUUGCCGGCACCCAAGACCACAUCGGCCAAUGCACCGCCUCCUGCAGCAGUGCUCUUUACACCCCUAGCCGAGUACAAGCUGCGUCAGGAAUACGCGCAGCCAAGUCUUGUUCUUUCGCAUUACACGGACCUCAUUGAGUCCAAAGGACUCGUGCUUCUUCGUGGGGAAAUUACAGAGUCGUCACCAGAGGAUGGGUCAGACGCCAAGCCAAGCCUGUCCCAAUCAGAUGCUCAGAUUCUGACGAUGUGCUUGCAACGGUUCUAUCACAUUGAUUGGGCAUUGGAGGGCUUAGACAAUGACGAACAGACAGAAAAGCGGCGCGCUCUGCUUCGUACCUUUUACGAGAAGCCCACAGACUUUAAGUUAGAAUCUCUCGUUCACUUGGCUUUAUCAACGUAG